AUGUCCCAACAAACCCAGACCGCGCUGCUGGUGACGGAAAUCGGCAAGCCGUUGACCAAGGGCACGCGGCCCAUCCCCGAGCCCCAGGCGAACCAAGUGCUGGUGAAGAUCACCGUGGCUGGCCUCAAUCCCCACGACGCCAAGUCACGCGACUACGGGCUCUUCAUCCAGGAGUCCCUCCCCGCCGUGCUCGCCGCGGACGUCGUCGGCGUCGUCACCCGCCUCGGGCCCAACGUCACCCGCUACCAGGAGGGGGACCACAUCGUCGGCCAAGCGGGCCUGACCCUCGCCGACAGCAACGACACGGCCGGACUGCAGGAGUACGCCAUCCUCGACGCCCGCUACUCGGCCAAGGUGCCAGCUGGCUUUACUGACGCGCAACUCGCCACGCUGCCGACCAACCUGGUGGCCCCGGCCGUCGCCCUGUUCGACGCGAGCGCGUUGGGGAUCCCAGCACCCUGGACAACGGCUUCCCCUGACUUCGACCACCACGCCACCUCGCUCCUAAUCAUCGGCGGCGGCUCCAACACGGGCCGCUUCGGGAUCCAGCUGGCCGCGCUGGCGGGCAUCGGGCGGAUCAUUGUUGUGGGGAGCGCGCGCAGCGCGGCCGAGGCGCAGCGCCUGGGGGCGACGCACGUCAUCGAUCGCGCUGACAAGUCCGGCGCUGAGAUCGCGGCGGAGGUGCGUGCGAUCGUCGGAGAUGAUCUGCUCUACGUCUACGACGCGAUUAAUCCGCCUGAGAACCAGUAUAUUGGGGUUGAGGCCCUGUCGAAUACCCACAAGGGCAAGCUGGCUCGUCUGCUCCCCACAGGCCCCGUGGACGAAACCAAGUUGUCUGCGCCCAAGCCGGCAGGCUUUGAGACGUUGAAUGUGUUCGGCCUGUCGGCGGUGCGGCCGGCGACGACGGCACCGCUGUGGGAGCACGUUACCGAGUGGGUGGAGGCCGGGAAGCUCGUCCCCACGGAAUCGUCGGUCAUCGACGGGUUGGAUGUAGAUGCGGUAAAUCGGACGCUAGACGGCUAUUCGAAUGGUUCCGUGAGCGGACAUUGGCAGAUUCGCCUUUGAGUGGCGGGGAGAAAGGUGUGUCUGGAGAACAUGCACAGUUCGGUAGAGUCAAAGAUGCGGUUUACAUACG